AUGUCCGAGCUCCAAGAAAUCGGCACCGCGCCUCGAGAUUUGCGAGACCUGAAAGAUGUGAUUGAGUACAACCAAGCUAUCUCAAAUACCGUUAAACAAGGGCCAGCUCAAUGGAGAGUCGCUUCACAUUUGUUCAGCAAUUUGAUCCAUGGAGCCUUGCAAGCAUCCUUGGUCACGUACAAUGCGGCCAUCCAUGCUUGUGGGAAGUGGCCCAUGGCCUUGGCAUUGCUAGAGGAUCUGGAAAAACAUGAGAUGCAGGGCAAUCACAUUACAUAUGGGGCAGCCAUGAGUUCUUGUGAGAAGUCCGGAGAAUGGACCGUUGCGCUGGUAUUGCUUCAAGCGAUGAAGAACGUAGACCUGCAGCCCAACACAAUUGUAUUCAACUCAACACUCAGCGCAUGCGCAAAAGGUGAAGAAUGGGAGGUGUCACUUUGCCUUCUGGAAGCACUUCGAUUCGAAAGUUUGCAGUGCUCACUGGUCACAUACAAUGCCGCGAUCAGUGCUAGCGCCAAAGGCAGCCAGUGGCAGCUAGCUUUGGCCUUCCUAUCACAAGUUGGUGGCAGCCGCAUCGAGCCUGACAUCAUUACCUACAACUCCACCAUGGCAGCAUGCGACGCGGCGGGGCGGUCGUAUUUGGCUAUUUGCCUCCUGCAGCAGAUCCAAGCACGAAAAGUGCAGGCAACAAUCAUUACAUACAACACGGCUAUCAGUGCCUGUGCCAAGAAUGGCUGGUGGCAAGAAGCCCUUGAGCUGCUGUGGGCGAUCAAUUCGCAAGAUUUGCAAGGCAAUGUGGUCACAUUCACAAGCGCCAUCAGCGCCUGUUCCCAAGAUGGUGAAUGGCAACAGGCACUCACUGCUCUACAAAUGAUGCUGCAGCUGCGGGUGCAAGCAAAUGUGUUUGCCUACAAUGCAGCCAUCAGCGCUUGUGGGGCUGAAUGGGAAAUGGCCGUGUGUUUGCUCGUGCAAUCGAGAAGGAUGAGGAUCAGUGCUUGUGGGAAAGCUGGAAGGUGGGAAGCAGCUUGGCAUUUCUUCUAUGAGAUACCCAAGAUCCGCUUGGAGCUGACCACGGUGGCCUGCAAUGCGAUGCUCGACGCUUUGUCCCGCGACGCCACGGGUGACGCCACGGGCGACACCGCUUGGGGCCGCGCGCUGGCGCUGUUGAAGGAGCUGCGGCGGAAGAAGCUGGUGGAUGUCAUCAGCUUCAAUUGCAGCAUCAGUGCAUGUGAAGUGGCGGCGAAAUGGGAGGAAGCUUUGCAACUUCUGGAGGACUUGCGCACAGAUGACCUAGAGGCCGAUGUGAUCUCUUUCAACGCCGCAAUCAGCACUUGUGCACAAAGUACACGAUGGCAAGAAGCCCUGCAUUUGCUUUGGAGCAUCCACACUUGUGGAGUCCGGGCCAAUGCUAUUACCUACAACGCUGCUGCCAACGCCUGUAAGAGCAAGGGUGAUUGGAAGCUUGCAUGUGUGCUUUUGGACAAGUUUCAUCACCGCACAUCGAUUGCAUGCAACUGUGUGCUUAGCGCCUGCGAGGAAAGAGCACAUUGGUCAAUGGCCUCCUCGCUAUUGUCCAAAAUGCAACAGCAAGCACUCGAGGUUUCAAUCGUGUCCUAUGGUGCCUGCAUCACUUGCGGAGCUUCUGCAGGGCUUUGGGUCUCAGCACUAAAGUUGCUACAGUCCGCCGAGGCGCAGCGUUGGCUUGCGCAGAUGCAGGAGGCGAGAGUGCAACCGGAUGAAGUCACCUAUGCCACAGUCAUCAGUGCGCUCACGAAGGCCAAAAUGGUUGAUGAUGCCAUAGACAUGCUGAUCCGCAUGGAGGACCUUGGACUGCCCAAAAAUCAAGCUGCAUACGCGCGGGUGGUCACUGGUUUGGGGCGUGCGGGACGUGCCCGGGAAGCUGCUGCGUGGCUCUUUCAGAUGGAAGAGGAAGGCUUGAAUCCCAUUGGCCCAGUGUACAAUUGGGUGAUUUCAGCCUGCCGAGGCUCACGUGGAGCGGAGAUGAACCCUGAUUUGGCAGAGCAAGUUGUACGGCGGAUGCUUGCAAGCGGGCAGAUGCCGAACGACUAUUGCCUUGACACGUUGAAGAAGAUCUUGGGACCCAAGCGUUUCCCUGUCGUCCAGGCUGAGUUGCCACAGCUGCGGCGCGCUGCUGCUCAAGUGGCACAAGAGAACAAGCGCAGGGGUCAUGAAGCCAAAAGAAGACAGGCUUCGAAUUUCGAGCGCCAGAGAAGAGGGAAAGGGCGAGGUCGGGGACAUGGGGAUGAACCAAAC